GAGCUCAGAAGUCCUUGAGUUCUGGUCCUGGCUCCUCCCCAAAUAGCAGCGACUCUCACGCAAGCCUCUGCCUCUUUGCAGUUCCCGUUUCUCACUCACCUCCCUACGCCUCAGGCCAUCCUGGUCCGAGGCCUCACCCACCUGGUCUGCCGCAAGAUGGGCCUCUCCGUCGUGGCCCCCGCGUGGGGACCUCCGGGGCUGCUCCUAACCAUCGCCCUCUACCCGGCUCUCACCCUGCACCCCGCUAAGGCCUUGGUGCCCCCACACCGGGACUACUGUAUCCUGGGCGCCGGGCCCGCGGGCCUGCAAAUGGCCUAUUUUCUGCAGCGGGCCGGAAGGGACUACACGGUGUUCGAACGCGCCGCGGAGCCGGGCAGCUUCUUCACACGCUACCCCCGGCACCGCAAGCUCAUCAGCAUCAACAAGCGGUACACCGGCAGGGCCAACGCCGAGUUCAACCUCCGCCACGACUGGAAUUCUCUGCUCAGCCACGACCCCCGGCUGCUCUUCAGACACUACUCCCAAGCCUACUUCCCCGAUGCCAGCGACAUGGUGCGCUACCUGGGCGACUUCGCGGCCAGGCUGGGGCUGCACGUGCUCUACAACACAACCAUUGCCCACGUCACUCUGGAGAAGGAUCGUCAGGCCUGGAACGCCCAUUACUUCAUCCUGACGGACCAUGGGGGCCAGGCAUACCAGUGCAGUGUCCUUCUUGUUGCCACCGGUUUGUCAGUCCCCAACCUGGUGGACUUCCCUGGCUCUGAAUACGUGGAAGGUUAUGAGUCUGUGUCCGUGGACCCCAAGGACUUUGUGGGUCAGAACGUGCUCAUCCUGGGCCGAGGGAACUCAGCCUUUGAGACUUCCGAGAACAUCUUGGGUGUCACCAACUUCAUCCACAUGCUGAGCCGCUCCCGCGUCCGGCUCUCCUGGGCUACGCACUACGUAGGAGACCUGAGGGCCGUCAACAACGGCCUGCUGGACACCUACCAGCUGAAGUCGCUGGAUGGGUUGCUGGAGUCCGACCUGACGGACCUGGCUGUUGUGAAGGACCGCGACGGCAAGUUCCACAUCACCCUGAAGUUCUUCGUGGAGGAGAACAACCAGAGUGCCGAGGCCAUCCCCCUCCCCCAGGACGACAGUGACAACUUCGCCAUGCGCGUGGCCUACGACCGGGUCAUCCGCUGCCUGGGCUGGAACUUCGACUUCUCCAUUUUCAACGAGUCCCUCAGGCUGUCUUCAGGCGGUGAGUUCAGCAAGAAGUACCCACUGAUCAGGGCUAGCUAUGAGUCCAAAGGAAGCCGUGGCCUCUUUGUCCUGGGUACGGCCAGCCACUCUGUGGAUUACCGGAAGUCUGCUGGGGGCUUCAUCCAUGGAUUCCGAUACACAGUGCGCGCUGUUCACCGGCUACUGGAACGUCGCCACCAUGGUGUCGCCUGGCCCUGCACCGAGCUCCCCAUCACACAGCUGACCAGCGCCAUCCUCCGGCGCGUGAACGAGGCUUCUGGGCUCUACCAGAUGUUCAGUGUGCUGGCCGAUGUGGUGCUGUUGAAGGAGAACGCCACCGCGUUUGAGUACCUGGAGGAGUUCCCCAUGCAGAUGCUGGCCCAGCUGGAGACAAUCACCGGAAGGAGGGCCAGGCACGGGCUCUUUGUCGUCAACAUGGAGUAUGGCAGAAACUUCUCAGGACCCGACAAGGAUGUCUUCUUCUACGAACGGUCUGUGGGGCACACGGAAGACGCCUGGCGGUCUAACUUCCUCCACCCUGUCAUCUACUACUACCGGCACCUCCCCACCGAGCAGGAGGUGAGGUUCCGCGCCGCAGACUGGCCCCUGCCGCGGCCCGCGGCCAUCCACCACAUCGUGGAAGAUUUCUUGACAGACUGGACCGCCCCAGUGAACCACAUUUUACCUCUGAGGCGCUUCCUGGAGAACUGUUUGGACACUGAUUUGCGAAGCUUCUAUGCAGAGUCCUGUUUCCUGUUCGCCCUAACACGCCAGAAGCUGCCACCCUUUUGCCAGCAGGGGUACCUGAGAAUGCAGGGGCUGGUGGGGACCAGAAGCCUCCGGCAGCACAAGGCGGAGAGUGGGCUCCUGCAGGACUGUGCUGCUGCGGGCAGGCGCGGGGAGGACAGUGGCCAGUGGCCUGGCCACUGUGAGCCAGGAGAUCAGUCCCAGGCCCCGGGGCCUCUGGUCCAGGCCCUCAACAGCGACAAGGAGGAGCUGUGAUGCCCAGGUCCCUCCGCCUGCACCCUGGCCCAGUCAGCCUUCCUUCCCCGCAGCCCCCUGCUCCCACCCGUGUGUGAUUGCCAAAGACCAGUCGGACCAUUGCUGCGACCCACCAAAGCCACGCAGAGGACACGUGAGGGCUAAGGGUAGCCAUGCGGCGGUCUCCUCCCCUCCUGUGGGGUCCACAGGUGCCUGGGGGGCAGGGCCGGGAGAAGAGCACCCUCUGCAGGUGGGAGCGGCCUUCCACUGCCGGGCUUGUCUAUAAGUGGGUGGUCGCUGCGCACCACGCUGGCCUCCAUUCUGCCUCCAUCAAGUGCCCAGGGCUUCCUUUUCCUUCUGGUCUGCCGUUCCAAUGGGCCCUAAUUCCACUCAGUGGAGCGUUUCACAGGUGAAACCCAUCCUCAUCUUCAUAAGGGUUUGCAGCAGGCUCUUCAGAACAAAAGCUCUAAUAUCCUCAACCACCUAGGGCACGUGGAACUG